AUGGGUUCUGUAGUUUCACAAGCAAAUCUUGAUCGUAUUUCUACUUCGUUACCAGAUGCUGCAGCAUCGUUAAAUCAGAUUAUUCGUGCAUUCGAUAAUGAAUUUCUUUUCCAAUCACAACAAAAUGACCAUAUUCUUCAUCAUCGUCAACCUACACCUAUAUUACGUUCAUCAAUUACACGAAAAGAAGAACAUCAUCGAUCAAAAUCAUCAGAUCCAUUUCAGCCAGAAGAACAUCAAAAUAGUCCACAAGCUAGAUCGACUAGUAUAAAACGUCGAUGGCAAUGUCAAUUAUGUCAUACAAUAAAUGAAAGUGAUGCACUUCUAUGUACAGAAUGUGGUUCAAAUAAAAUAAAUGUUUAUAUUCCUUGUAUGGAUCAUAUCGAUAUAAUUAGCACACACAAUGAUAAUCAAAAUAAUUUACUGAGAGUAGACAAUAUUUCAUCAAAGAAUCAUCAUGAAAGUCGAGGAAUUUCAAUGGUAAAUCAAAAUUCCCUCGAAAAAGAUAAUGGUCGUCGACGUAGCGUUCUUAUAGCUCAUAAGCACGAAGCUGAUGAGCAUAUUGCUUUAAAACAUGUUGAUAAACUUGUUCAAAUGUGUUUGUUCGCACAGGAUCGAUUCAAAGACAAACAUUUUCCAGCCUCAUCUGAUUCACUUUAUAUUAAUGGAAAGUCUCUUUCAAAAUUCACCUUAACUCUUUUACCUGAUCAACAGCAAAUUAAUUUAAAAUCCUCUUCUUCCUUCAUCUCUUCAUCACCAUCAUUGUCAGCCGAUAAUAUUCAAUGGUUAAGACCUGAUAAAAUAAUUCCGCAAGAAUGGAUCGAUAAUGUUCGACAAUCAUGGGCAGUGUUUCGUGAUCCAAAUCCAAAUGAUGUACUUCAAGGAGCUUUAGGCGAUUGUUGGUUUAUAACAGCAUUAAGUGUUCUUGCUGAACAACCUGAAUAUUUGAUGAGAGUACUUGUUACUAAGCAAUUCAAUUCUGAAGGAAUUUAUUGUGUACGUUUAUGUAAAGAUGGUGAAUGGACUCAAGUUCUUGUUGAUGAUCGACUUCCGUGUACAUUCGAUAAAAAAUUAGCUUAUUCGCAAGCACAUCGAAAACAACUUUGGGUUCCAUUAAUUGAAAAGGCUUUAGCAAAAUUAAAUGGUAGUUAUGAAGCAAUUAUUGCUGGUCGCUGUUGUGAAGGUUUGGCUACAGUUACUGGAAGUCCAUGUGAAACAUUGAUUCUUGGCCGUUCAAAUAAUCCAGACGAUAAAAAUGUUGAUUAUGAUAGAUUAUGGUCUAAAUUAUUACAUGCGCGUUCUAAAAGAUUUCUAAUGUGUGCUAUGUGUUGUAAUAAUUUGAUUAGUAAAGAAGAAUUUGAAAAAUAUGGUUUGCUCAAUAUUCAUGCUUAUUCAUUACAAGAUCUUGCACAAUCAAAAGAUAAAAAACAUAAAUUAGUUAAAUUAAGAAAUCCAUGGGGUGGUACAUAUAGAUGGACUGGUGAUUGGUCAGAUAAUUCUCGUCUAUGGUCUGAAAAUCCUGAUUUAAAUCCUGAAUUAUUAAAUACUAAACUCAAUAAACGAGAUGGUGUCUUUUGGAUGCCAUUCGUAUCAUUUGUUAGAUAUUUUGAAUGUGUUGAUAUUUGCAAAUUAAGACAUGAUUGGUAUGAAGUUAGAGAUUCAUCGAAUUUCUAUCCAAUGCCUAAAAUGAUGCAAGCCUAUUCUUUAAUUGUAUCACACGCGACUGAACUUGAUAUAACACUUCAUAGAAAAAUAAGUAAAAAUCUUCGUGUUCAACGAAGUGAUGUUAGUCUUUGUCUUGCAAUCAUAAAUAUCGAAGAACAACCAAAUGGAACUCAUCGUAUUUAUUCGAUACCAAUUAUAAGCCAGCGUGAUCAACACAAAUUCAUUGCAACGGAUGGUUUUCUUCAACCAGGAACUUAUGUUAUUCUACCACUUUUAUUCAAUCAAGUAAAUAAACACUUAGAUAAUACUGAAUUCACCGUUGCUAUUCACAGUUCUCGUGUAAUUGAUAUUCAGCGUCUACAAUUUCCUCUAAGAAUGAAACGCGAAUUUUUAAUAAAACUUUGCAUAUUUCAUGGCGAACCCGUAUGCACAUCGAAGAGUACAGAUAAAAAUGAUAAUCAAUUCGAUGGUAUUACGAUAUAUGAAUUGAAAAAAUAUUGGGAUGGUCUUAUAGUGCUUGUUGAAAAUCGUCAUCCAUCAAAAUAUGUUCAUUUUCAUUUUCGAUGUACUGUAUCUCAAAAUACGUUGAUAUCAAGAAAAGAUUCUCAACGAGAAUUAUUCGAUGUUAUACCACCAAAUUAUCGACAAAUCAUUACCACUAUUUCUAGAAAAAGUUCAUCGAGUUCAUUUACGAUAGGACAUGAUUUUCAAUAUCUACUUUCAUCACAAAAUGUUAUUAAACAAGGUGAAGGUAUUAAACAAAAACAUUGGCCAACAAUUGAUGAAAGUCAGUCAAGUGAUGAUAUUCAUUUACCACAAAGUAUUUCAUCUGCCAAACGUAAAUAA